CUGCAUGUAUGGAUUUGAGUGAAAUAGAGGCUGAGUUGGCAGAGAUUGAGCGGAAGGAAAGUGCAAUAGAUGGAAAGAUUGGCCAACUACUCAGAGAUCAACACAACGUGAACGAUUCUCUCUCUUCUGUCUUCCAAAUCUCCAAACAACUCACAGCUGUAGAUUCAGAUGUGGAGACACUGCAUGACAAACUGAAAGACACAGCGGCCUUAUCGGACAAAAUCAGCAAACGGGUGCGUCACCUGGACAAAGUGAAAACGAGAGUGGAAGCUGUGAUCCAGCGAGUGGAAGACAUUUUGGACUUGAAGAACUGCACAGACGGCAUCAAAAUAGCCCUGGACAACGAGGACUACGAGAUAGCAGCUGGACACAUCCAUAGGUACAGAACAUUAGACACCAACUUCCUGAAGAACAAUGCGAGUGAGAGUGUGAGUAUCGAGGCCUCAAUUGAGAUUCUGGAGAAUGCGGAACAGCAAAUGCAGAAAGUGGCUCGCAUGAAGUUCGAGAACGCAUACAAGGAGCAAGAUGCGCAGUCAAUAGAGCGGUUCUUCAAGAUCUUCCCCCUUUUGGGAUUGCAAAAGGAAGGCCUCUCUAAAUUCGUCUCCUUCCUCUCUUCUCAAGUGGCAUCCCAGACAGAACAGAACCUGAAGAUGGCACUCGAAUUCGUAGAUAGAGACGAGGGCAGCAAAGUCAUCUUCUCAGACACCUUCGUGUUACUCUUCGAAGGCCUCGCUAGAAUAGUUGAGAUGCACCAGCCUCUGGUUGAAACUUACUAUGGACCAGGCUGGUUGACUGAGUUUGCACUGUUACUACAAGAGGAAUGCGACAGACAAAGUAGCCUAAUCUUUAAAAACUUCAAACAGAAGAGGAGAAUCGAAGAGAAGCUGGAACAAGUCAAACUACUUGGAGACUCAAGCGAAGAGAUUAUAGACGCGAAAGAAAUUGAUUCCAUGUUGCAGGAGACGACUUUGAUUAACGAACGGGCCGAGCUGUACCUUCGAUUCAUCAAGAGACGAAUUAUUGCUGAUGUUUUUCUGACAUGUGAUACAGAAGAUGAAAAAACUACCCGGUCUGAAAGUAUAGAAAACGCGCUUAAUAACUGUGGGCUAUCCAAAAUAUUGCACGAAUUGGUGGGUUUUUACCUUCGACUUGAGACCGUUUUCCUCAACAGAUCUUUCCACGUGGCAGUACAAAUGAAUGUCGUAGAGGAGGGAUCGAUGACGUCAUCAAUGGUAGACGAUGUUUUCUACGUACUGAAAAAGUGUCUAAGACGCACCAUGUCAACUACAAAUUCAGACGCCAUCUGUGCAAUGAUCAACAUAUCAAAUGGACUGCUUGAAAAUGACUACUGCAAAGUCCUCAUGGAGAAACUGAAAAAUGCGAUUCCAUCCGGAUAUCUAGAUACAGUAUUCACUGGAAGGUACCAGAGCGAAGUGGUAGCUCAGUCCAGAAGUGUCUUCCUGGUAUCUCUCAACAACUGCAGUGAGAGCAUCCAGUUUCUGAAGACUCUUGUCGAGAGUCUAACCACAGAUUGGCGAGGACUGACAGAAAGCAACUCAAACUCGAACUCAACUCAAAAAUCAAGAAAUGCGAAGUCCAAUGCAAAAGUAAUGUCUUGCAUACAAGAUAUGCAUCAUAUUGCGAGAAGCAUAGAUGGAGUUUUGCAAGAGGGACAUCAUAUUUUAGUCAAAUACUUUUUGAAGCCAUUGGUCAAAGCUUGUAGCGAAAACUUUGCCUUAAUUUCGCAUAAUUUAACAGAGGAAGGCCUCGUUUUAAAUGAAACCGAAGAUCCAUUUUCUCAGAAAAUAAUAGCGCCUGUGGAUAAUUUUAUAGGAGACAUUAAAGACUCACUUCUGGAGCGGAAUUUCGAACUGAUGAUUUCAAAUUUGUCUCAGACUUUGGUGAUGUCAUUUGAAAAAGUGAUUUUCAAGAUGAAGUUUUCCAGAAACGGAGGCUUGGCUUUCGACCGAGAAGUUCGAAGUCUCUCAAACUAUCUCUCAUCUGUAACUCAGUGGACUGUUAGAGAGAAGUUCACGAGGCUGCUUCAAAUUUCAACUUUGCUCAACUUGGAGCAGGUCGAGGAAGUAAAUGAGCUGCCAAUACAUUCCACUAGUUGGAAGAUUACACCGGCUGAAAUGCGACAAAUUUUGAGUCUGAGGGAAGAUUUCAGAGGAGAGGCGAUCAAACGUCUGACGCUGUAAAAUUCAAAAUAAUUAGUGGAGGCAGAUAAAACACACCUGGUGUAAUGUUGUAAAUUUGGUGUUAAUUGCAAUUUAUUGUACACAGUCGAUUUUCUUUUAAAUUCUUUACCUCAUAUCGUAUAUAGUUAUUUCUUAAAUUCAGAAUGCUGGUA